GGAGAGAGAGAAAACGAUAUCUACCUUGGGGAAGAACCUCAGAGAGAGAGGGAGGGAAGGCGAGGACGGGUAGGAGCGUGUGCACGAGUGUAAGAGACACUUAUUCUGCUAACUACUGGGAGACAGACACACUUUCCUGGCCCGACUCAAAUAGGGGGGAGGGGGGGGGACAGCAGGAAGACUUUUUAAAAAAUUUUUAUUUUAAUUUCCCCCCUCAUUCAACAAUCAAGCUGCUGUAAAUCCCCUCUUCCUGGAAACUAUUCUUCACACUGGGAGUUCCAUGUAUUGAUCCACUCACCCCCGUCACACACUGCAAGGCUUACCUCAUGGAUUUGUACCUGAUUGGAUAUUUCAUGUGUGUGUGGUUGUCCAGCUCGCCGGUGCUUGGAGGCUAUCCCAUCUGGUGGUCCUUGGCCCUGGGGCAGCAGUACUCGUCUCUGGGCUCCCCACCCAUCCUGUGCAGCUCCAUCCCGGGCCUGGUGCCCAAGCAGCUUAGGUUCUGUCGCAACUACAUUGAGAUUAUGCCCAGUGUUGCUGAGGGCGUCAAACUGGGAAUCCAAGAAUGUCAGCACCAGUUCAGGGGCCGCAGAUGGAACUGCACCACCAUCAAGGACAACUUGGCCAUCUUUGGACCAGUCCUCGAUAAAGCAACCAGAGAGUCGGCGUUUGUCCACGCCAUAGCCUCCGCAGGCGUCGCCUUCGCGGUGACACGCUCUUGCGCCGAGGGGACGUCCACCAUGUGCGGCUGCGACUCCCACCACAAGGGGCCCCCCGGCGAGGGGUGGAAGUGGGGUGGCUGCAGUGAGGARGCAGAGUUCGGGGUGCUGGUGUCCAGGGAGUUCGCUGAUGCCAGAGAGAACCGGCCGGACGCUCGCUCGGCGAUGAACAGGCACAACAACGAGGCGGGACGCUCGACCAUCCUAGACCACAUGCACCUGCGCUGUAAAUGCCAUGGCCUCUCAGGAAGCUGCGAGGUGAAGACAUGUUGGUGGGCGCAGCCCGACUUCCGCAUGCUGGGCGACUACCUGAAGGACAAGUACGACAGCGCCUCGGAGAUGGUGGUGGAGAAGCACCGCGAGUCUCGGGGCUGGGUGGAGACCCUCCGGGUCAAGUACGCCUUCUUCAAACACCCCACCGAGCGCGACCUGGUCUACUACGAGGGCUCGCCCAACUUUUGCGAGCCCAACUCGGAGACAGGCUCGUUCGGGACUCGCGACCGGGUCUGCAACGUGUCGUCACACGGCAUCGAGGGCUGCGACCUCCUGUGCUGCGGCCGCGGCCACAACACCCGGACUGAGAAGCGCAAGGAGAAGUGCCACUGCAUCUUCCACUGGUGCUGUUACGUCAGCUGCCAGGAGUGCGUGCGUGUUUAUGACGUGCACACGUGCAAAUAAAAAAAAACUUAAACGGACUGCUCGGACCUUCAACCUUCUUCCCCAGCCUGACCCCUGCACGGCUUCCCUGCCUUCCCAAACAUUCAGCACCCCACUCAGGCUAUAACGGGUGAAUCCAACCAGACACCGAUUCUUCUACAGCCAAAACCCGCACUACUCAGUCCGAACCACUACGCCCACCACUUCUCAAGGGAAGAAGUUGCGUCACUCCUACCCCCACCUGUCUUUAUUUAUUUCCCUUUCAUGCCAACACUGUUCAUGGCAUGUAUAGUAACACUUUUUACCUGUGAGAUUAAUGCAGUAAAACUCUUUGCUUUAAAAUAAAAAAAAGCAUCUUURAACUAACACCUCAUCUCUCCAGCCACUCAAGCUGUUUUUGUUCCUUUUUAUAUUUAAUCUGAACCAACGUCUCCAUCUAAAGAGAUACUUCAACAGCUUCAGAAAAACCCAUCUGUAACUACUGAACUGAAAACCAGCAGGCCGGCGUUGGAAGUGCCACAGUCCUGUCUUUUUUGUAAACUACUGAGCUGAAUCCUCAGUGUUGCUCUUUUUUAUUUUGCUGACUGACUUUGCUGCUCCAAUCAGUCAASUGGGAAGUCUGGAAGACAUAUGCUACAGUGUGAUUUUUUUUUAUAGCCUUGCGUUUUUGAAUUAUUACCACUGGGAUGGGACAAGAGGUAUGCAGGAGGAGGGGGGGGACACUCAUUCCUUUGACUAACAACCCUACACAUGUAUAUGUAUGCACUAUUCAGUUAAUUCCAGGUGGMUAAAAAUAAUCUCUGCAUUGUUUAUGUGAGCAAAUUCUUCUUUAAUGCAACGUUCUUCUGAAUGAUGUCUUUGUUACUGCAACCCCAGUUAUGAAAAGGUUGUGUAAACUGUGAAUAAAACGCAAUAAUUUGAAAGUCUCAAA